CAUACUUAUACAAAGAGCAACAUUCAAAGCAUUCCUCAUCUGAGUACAUUCCGACGCCUGCGCACUAACGCUAAACCAAUUCCAUUUCUAUACAUGUACGCCCAACUGUGAACUCGUCUGACGUUGUGAAGGUGCGGAUCUGCAAACAUCCAAAUACCUUUUAAUAGCUGGAACGUAACACACCCAAGCAUAUCUUGUCGUCAGGUGACAAGGGUGUGCCAUGGUUAGGGUAUGAUGGUCAUCCACAUCUUUUGUAAAUGACGAAGUCAGAAUGGUUUCAAAGCAAGGCUAACAACUCCCGCUUGACUGAAAAGUUAAGGCCAUAAUCAGCAUCCGCUCCCACCAUGGCUAGUCAACCAAGCUUUAUGCAGCGUCUACCGAAACCUUCCAAAGAAGUAAAAGCUAGUUCGAAAGGUUGCUGUAUCUUUCCUAUCGCUCAGAUUGCCAUCGGUGCUGUGUACCUGAAUGACUGUCCCAGGCAAGAAUAUAUCCCUAUCUACCUGAUAGUGGCCGGUGUGUUUGGGCUGGUCCUUGGCCUGUUCUCCUGCCUUCCCUGCACUGAGAAGCCUGCCGACAGCCCCCACAACCCUGCCAGCCGAGCCUGCUCCGUAUGGAACAGCCUGACCUCCACCUUCCUCUUCUGUUGGUUCAUCUGUGGCAAUGUGUGGAUCUACUCCAUCUACCCCCCCAACUACAACCAGACUCUGACCCAGACGGAGGGGCCUUACUGCCACAGAACCCUGUACCUCUUUGCUUUCUGGAGCACCACACUGACAUACAUCCUGCUGGGUGUGUUUCUGCUUGUGGCCUGCUGUGCCUUGGUCUGCUGCUGCAUCCUGGGAAUCAACGAUCCCGACGACGACGCCAAUGUGGUCUGAGGAUGGAGAUGUGGGGUGGGGAGGGCUGCAUUCGGGACGGGAGAGCAGAAGAGAGUUGGGUGAGGGGGGGGGGGGGAGAGAGAAGGAGAAGAGCUUGUAAAGCUGCUAAACUUACUGAAUUAGAAGUUACUCAUGAACUGUUUUUAGCCAAAUGGCGUGUUAAGGUGUCUGUCUGGACACAAACAUAGGCAGGAUUGCAAGCUACAAUUGCGAAUGCACACAAGCAGUACAAUGCACAUUUUUCUAUUAAUUUUGUGUGAAAAAUAUGUAUUUUUAUCACUCUUUAAACUACACUUCUACAUCACAUACAAUUGAUGAUUAAGUGAUUGAUGACUGUUAAACUACCUCCAGUUUAAUCACAUAGCUAACUGACUAUUGUUUGGUCUGGCCGCAUGAUCUUAUGAUAUUCACAAAUUACUUUUUUUUUAUAGUUUCAUUGAUGCUUCUAAUGUGUCCAUG